CCUUGGGCAUGAGGUAUUUUCCGGGUACGGGUCACAUGACCACAGUAUUAAUUCUCAUUGGCUAGCAUAUGCCUAGUGUGUAUUUCCGGAAGUAAGUUGUCAGUGACAAGGGUUUUAUUAGCUCUAUCAAACGUCCAAUCUAUAGCGGCGCAGUGACAGGAUGGCACAUUGGUUUCACAGAAACCCUCUGAAGGCAACCGCACCUGUGUCCUUUAAUUUUUAUGGAGUGGCAGGAAGCCCGGCUGCCAACAAGAUAUGCAAUGACCUGAGGACAACCAGGGCAAGACUCCUGGAGAUGUUUACCGAUGUCACUUGCACCCCCGAGACAAUGAAAAACGCCACGGAUGCAUAUUUAUCCCUCCUGCAAGGCUUCAUCGCAUCCUUGGAUGGGACCACACAGGAGAACAAGAUGAGGUUUAUUCAGAACUUCAAGUGGACUGACACUUUACAAGGAAACACACCAAGUGCCCAGCAGGAUGCAAUCUUUGAACUGGUGUCUAUGGCCUUCAAUGUAGCCAUCUGGUAUACCAAGUUUGCGUCCAGGUUAGCAGGGAAGGAAAACAUAUCAGAGGAUGAAGCAAAAGAUGUUCAUCGGAGCCUGAAGGUUGCUGCUGGAAUCUUCAAAAACCUCAAGGAGGUCCACAUCCCUCGCCUCAUCACCCCGGCUGAGAAGGGUCGAGACCUGGAGCCCAGAGUGAUAGAUGCUUACAUUAUCCAGUGCCAAGCAGAGGCACAAGAAGUGACUAUUGCCAGAGCGAUUGAGCUGAAGCACAACGCCACACUUAUUGCAGCGCUCGCAUUUGAAACCGCAAACUUUUAUCAGAAAGCGGACCACACACUCAACACCCUGGAGCCAGAGUGUAGCAGCAAAUGGAGGAAGUACCUUCAACUGAAGCAGCACUUUUACAUGGCUUAUGCAUACUGCUAUAAUGGCCUAAUACUGCUGGCAAGUGACAAGUGUGGGGAGGCUAUACGAUCUCUCCAGGAGGCAGAGAAGUGUUACUCCCGCGCUGAGGCUUUGUGUAAAGAGUAUCGUCAGACAAAGGGCCCUGGCACCACGGCCAAACCUUCAGAGCAGCUCUUCUUUCUCAAACUGGGCGGCGUCAUCAAAAAUACAUUGGAGAAGUGUCAGAGAGAAAAUGGUUUCAUAUACUUCCACAAGGUCCCAGCUGAGGCACCCCAGCUAGAGCUGAAGGCGAGCUAUGGUCUGGCUGAGCCUAUCGCCUUCGAACUGCCACCUCUCAGCCAGCAAUGCACAGCUGAAGUCUAUGCCACCUUUGACCUGACCAAGGGGGCCAAAAAUGACAAGGCCAAACCGAAGGAAGCGGAAGUGAAACCGGUCAAGGAGCCAGAUUUGAAUCCUCAGAAGGACACGGGCUGCAUCAUCUCCUAAACUCUCCGCUGAUUCUACAUUCUCCCUUUCAGUACUCUUCGAAAUGCUGACAUCUACUGUAUAUUACUUUUUAUGUAAACCUCCAUAGGAAGAAAGUAUUUUUUGUAAAAUUAUUUCAUGGUGUUUUACGUUACGUGUCUGCUGAAAUAUGUGUGCUUGGGUUUUGCCAGCCGUUAUCACUGCAUUGUCCUUAAAACUAGUCACACACAAGCAGAUUGUUGAAGUGAAAUUUAAACAUUGAACAAACACUUAGCUCUGUCAGGUUUUGGUUAGUGCAGUAUCCAUAGGUCUGCUGAGCAGGUUGCUUUAAAUUUGUUCCUGAUCAGAAAUUGUCCUUUUAGGAAAUGUAAUGCUAUUUAUGGUGCCUUUGGCUUCAUUACAGCAUAAACCUGUUCACCAAGUCCGCCUACACAAUUGUGUUGUUCUAGCUCUUAUGUGAAUAAGAAAUAGGAAAAUAAGGAAAUAAUUACAAUUAGCCUAUUAAACCCUAAUAAAUAGUCGCAUCAGAACAUUGUUCUAAAAAAUUGUUUUAACAUUUUAACAAUCAACCUGCAGUAUAAGCUAAAGGCUGUUUCCAAUGACUAGAUGCAUUUAGAUGCAUUUCAUUUUCAGGAGAUUUGUUUAGGCUUUCCUGUUAAACAUGCAGCAACAUAGUAAAUUAUAGACCACUAGUUACAUAUUUGUAAAACUGACAUCCCUGGAUGUCCUGAUAAUUAGUGUGCAGCUAAUUACAUCUUAUACACUAUUGAAUCUUAAUGUGGCUACAAUUGUAAUUUGCAUUUGCAAGUUUGAAAAACAAAAAUUCAAAAAGGUUUUGUUAUUAAAUUACAAAGUGAUUGUAUAAAAAGUAUUAAAAGCAUGUUAUUUCCAACUGAUUAGGUGUAAUUUAGUGUAAAUUAAGUAUGUUUACUGGGUAGUUACAGUGUAAUGAGUGGGAUGUGAUUUCAGCAAACACUAAUUAACAGAAAAGUGAAUCAACAGUAGACAGACAUAAGGAUGAAGCUUGCAUGUUCCACUGACGGUUUGUUUUAGCUGUAGCAGUUUACAAUCACUAUUUAAUUUAGACAACAUGUCUACUGUAUGUACUAUAGUUUUGUUUGUACAGUCGUAACGUAGCUAUUCUAUACCUUGACUUUUAUUUCGAAGAGCGUACUGUUAUUGGAUGAAGUUGAGUCGUUCUUCAGCAUGAUGAUUUCCAUUUGGGGGAAUUCUCAUUUACUCCUCUUAUGUAACAGCAUUUUGAGUUGACAACUUAAAACACUCAUGUCAGUAAAGAGUUCUGUGUGAUUUCAAUUAUAUGUUAUGGUGAUGUUGGAUUUCAGUGGAUUAAUCACAGCAGCUAUUGACGCAUACCACUGACAACUGAGAGUUGUUAGUAGCUGACAGUGUGUGUAGACAAUAUUGAGUGUCCUCCAAGACAAAGAUCAACUAAAUAAUUGAAUGUACUGCUGGAGAGCUGCUUCCCAAAAGUACUAUCAAACCUUUCCCACUUAAUGUCAUGAGAUGAAGCAUGACUAUCAGUUGAUCAAUAUAUUGUAAUGUAAGCGCUGAGCUAAGGUGACAGAAAUGCUGAACGUCUUACAUAUUAUUUCUUUCUGUCAUUGUAACAUAUUUGCACUUUAUACACAGAUGUGUAGAUUAAAGUACUUUGUAUGAAAAGGUGAGUUUGAUCGAGAAGGAUAAAUCCGACCAGGUUGAUCUUCAUUCUGUCAAAGGAAGAUGUUUUUGAAAAGAUGUAUUGACUCAUGAUUAGUGUACCCUCCUGUUCUUCAUUCUUCUUCUUCUUCUGUAUCCUUCAUGUAAAAUAUAUUUCAAAGGGUAUUAAAAUGAUCAUAAAGCUC